AUGAGCGAUCCGGAACCCGCGCUGGUCUUUCUUUUUCCGACGUUUCGAGACUGGACGACGGGCGGGUGCGGGUUCUGUUACGACGGGUCUUCCCCGGGCCCUCCCGUUUUCGUCGACGGCGUCGCGCGCGCGCACACGCGGUCGCGCGCGCCCGCCGCAGACACGUUUCAAAGCGUCAAAAUGGUCAACUUGAACGCGGCGCUCACGUACGUCUUCUCGCUGAUGAUGUUCAUGGCGGGAGCGAACAAGGUCACGGACUCCAUCGCGCCUCCCGUGCACGCGGACCUCCUCGCGCAGUUCACCGUGUUCGCGAAAUCUCCGUGGGGGUUCCUCCGCCUCUCCCCGACGCUGUUCAUGUACGUCGUCGGAUACCUGGAGCUGACGUGCGCGUUCGCGAUCGUACACGCGCAGCGAAACGGCGGCAACAAGAAGCUCCCCGUCUUCGUCCUGUUCUGCGUCCUGUACUGCGCGGUGAUGACGCACGCGUGGCACCAGGACGGGAAGCACUGGCCCGCGUUCAUCCUCGCCAUGGUCGCGGCGUUCAUACUCACGGAGGACACGAGCGGCGGGAAGGCGGUGAAGGCUGCGCGCGAGGCGACGGCGACGGCGACGGCGAACGAGACGAAAAAGUCGAAGUGA